GCUGAGGUCGCCUAAGGAAAUCGUGUUUUCCUUGUUCGACUUCUCCCUGAACCAGAACUCCGAGUUCGACCCCCACAACCAGCUGCCGCAUAGGACGAGUUGUGCGGUUCUUCCUCUAACCGAGGAAGAGUCGACGAAGUCUCGUCAGACCGUCCAGGGAUCAGUCUGCUUUCGCCACCGACCCCCCUAACACCCGCUCGAGCACGAGCUGUAACCUUCUUGUCGUUCUUCCGACGGUAACUACGAUCUCGCCAUCCUCAACGCGUCCCCGCCAUCGCGCUCCGACCGACUAAGUCGUCCACGCCUAUUCCAUCCCCGCGCAUCUCCGCUUGAUACUUUUCGCCUCCUUACAAAUUUUGGGAUAUGGUUAUGCCGACGCUUGUCACGGAUCGAUUUGCAUCACUCGAUUAUCCGGAAGACACGAAUCAUCAUGUCUUCAUAAAAAACCGCAACAAUGUGUUUUUGGACAACGUUAGCCAACAUGUCCACCACCAAGACAGGCGCGGUCACGAUGCGGCGAAGCAGUUGAUCGGCAACGCUCUCCGAGAGCGGGUCGAGUCCAUUGACUAUGAGUUCUGCGAGCCCGGAGAUGAAGAUACGUUCUUCGUGGCCGACCUCGGCGAGGUCUACCGGCAGCACCUUCGCUGGAAGAUGAAUCUGCCGCGCGUGAGGCCGUUCUAUGCCGUCAAAUGCAAUCCGGACCCAAAGCUCCUGGAGCUGCUGUCCGCCCUUGGCACGGGCUUUGACUGCGCCUCGAAAAACGAGAUCGAGCAGGUUCUGGGUUUGGGAGUCGACCCUUCCCGCAUCAUCUAUGCGCAACCGUGCAAGACCAACUCGUAUGUGCGCUAUGUCGCCAGCCAGGGUGUGCGCCAGAUGACCUUUGAUAACGCCGACGAGCUCCGCAAGAUCGCGCGUCUCUACCCCGAAGCGGAGCUCUUCCUGCGGAUCCUCACUGACGAUUCCUCGUCUCUGUGCCGUCUGAGCCUGAAGUUUGGCGCAUCCCUCGAUUCGACGGACAACCUUCUGGCCCUGGCACGCGAGCUUGGGCUGAAUGUGGUGGGCGUCAGCUUCCACGUCGGGUCGGGCGCCUCUGAUCCCGGUGCGUUCCUGAAGGCGGUCCAGGAUGCCCAUGUGGUCUUUCAGCAGGCUGCUGCCCAUGGAUUCUGUCUCAGGACCUUGGACGUUGGAGGUGGCUUCUGCAGUGACAACAGCUUUGAACAGAUGGCUGGCGUCCUGCGCAGCGCCCUUGACGAGUAUUUCCCGGCCCACUCGGGCAUCAACGUCAUCGCGGAGCCCGGCCGCUACUACGCCUCCUCGGCCUUCACUCUGGCCUGUAACAUCAUCGCCCGCCGUACCAUCGAGGACGUGUCCGCCACCAGCUACAUGGUGUACGUGAACGACGGCCUGUACGGCAAUUUCAGCAGCAUGAUGUUCGACCACCAGCACCCAGUCGCGAAGGUGUUGCGUGCCAGAGGCCGGACCCUGUACAACACAUCGGCCGCCGAGGCCACCGACGUAGUCGACGGCAUCGAGUACAGCAUCUGGGGCCCGACCUGCGACGGCAUCGACCGCAUCACCGAGAGCAUCCGCUUCUCUGUGCUCUUGGACGUCGGAGACUGGCUUUACUUCGAGGACAUGGGUGCGUACACGAUGUGCUCGGCGACCACGUUCAAUGGCUUCACAAACAACCACGAUGUCAUUUACGUGUGCAGUGAGCCGGGUGCGAAGGCAUUGCUGGACCUGCAUUAGCUUCGGGUCCAUGGACGUCUUUGCCGGAGGGCUGCAAUGUCCCUUUCGCAGUCGAGUUUUGUUUCGUUCAGUUUCACUUCUAGAUGAGGCAAAAAGGGUGGUUGAUGUCGAGUCAGUUUUACAGUAAUCCUGUCCCCUUGAUAUGGGGACUGGCUAUAUGGACAGAAAAUGGUGUCCCCUAAUUUGGGACCUGAUGCUUUUGAACAGUAUUUGUCAGAGAUAGCUAAGUUAAGUCUAAUAGACUGUUAGGCUUAUAUUGUGUUGC